CAUGAACGUGUUUUUUUGACAGACAUGUAUCAAACACGCACAGCCGGCUAAGCGUUAAGUAGUGAGCUUGGUGGUUGUGGUGGUGCUGCUGCUGCUAAAUGAAGCUAACUGAGCUGCGUCAGACUAUUGGUAACAGCACGGUGGAAAUAACUUGACACUGUUUUCUUCGUCACGAUGGCAUCGUCUGCUAUGAUCAGCGUCCCCACCACCGCCUCCCGCUUCGCCCUGCUCCAGAUAGACUCGGAUUCGGACUCCGACACUUCGGAGCCGGGAAAGACCCCCACCACUAAAAACGGACGGGACUCAUCCGGGAAGCCACGACAAGGAAAGGGGGCCGGGGCCAAAUCUGCUCAGGGCAACGACAAGAAGAAAGACAAGAAGAAGAAGAAGAAGGAGCAGCAACAGAGCGAGGCCAAUGAGUUACGUAAUUUGGCCUUCAGAAAGAUUCCUCAGAAGUCUUGUGCCCCUCCGCCCUGCAUGACACUGUCUGGAAUAGCCAGCGAGCUCCUCAGCUCUCCACCGGGGGACCACAAUGUACCGUCCGAGGGGUGGCAGCAGUGGAAGCAGAGAGACGAGCAGAUAACCACAGAACUAUAUGAGGCCGACUUGGAAAAAGCCUUGAUUUUAAGUAAACUGGAGUACGAACAACAGAAACAGAGCAACACAAGCACGUCCUCGCCGAAGUCACGAGGAGGAAAAGAGGGCGGAGGGAAGAAGGACAAAAAGAAGAGUCAACAGGCAAAAGACAAAAAGACAGUUUCGCUGCAGGACUUCCAGGCGGAAGGAAGUGCAGAACAAUUGAGUAAGAAACAAGAGAAAGAGGACACCAGAGCAGCUAACCUGGCGCUAGGGGUGGGACAGGAGGAGCGUUUUUUUAAUAAGCUGGAGGACGACGUCACUCGGAUUAUCCAGAGGGAGAAAAGGCGUGAGCAGUAUACGAACAGCCAGGGACAAGAAGUGAACACGUCCACAGAACACGAACCAGACCCCCGAGCGGAGCAGCUGAAAUACGAGCUGGAGAAGAAAGACCGGGAAAUCGCCAACCUCAAGAAAACCAUUUCACAGUGGGAGGUGAAAUACAGAGAGGUGAAAGCAAGAAAUGCCCAGCUGCUUAAAAUGCUCCAACAGGGAGAGAUGAAAGACAAAGCAGAAAUUCUUCUACAGGUAGAAGAGCUAAUGCAUAUUAAAGAAGAACUGUCAUCACAGGUAACAUUACUACACGCUGCCCUUGAACAAGAACGGUCUAAAGUCAAAGGGUUGCAGACAGAUCAACCUAAACAUCAGGGAAACAAGAAAGGGAAGAAAGGCUCAGAGGCGGAUCUAUGAAGGAAAAUACCUGAAAACAGAAUAAAAUGAACAGCUGAAGAAAACGCUGGUGAUCAGAAUCAGGGUUUUCUUUCCUUACGUCUUUUUGUUUUGUUUUAGGUCAGACUAUAAUGCAUGCCACCUGAAUCGCGCACACACAUACACACACAACACACUCCAGACGUGGACAAUGUAUUACAUGAUUGAACAAGAUUCCCAGAAGCUUUUUAAAAAAUGACUGCGUCUAAAUCUUGUGUUGAGAUGUUUUCUUGGCACUCUGUGCUGCCCUCUGCAGGAGAGUUAGCGUCGCUGCAACUUGAGCUCGGCUCGAGGCUGUGUGCCUGAUGUUUGAAUGGGUUUGAUGCCAAACUGACAGAUUCAAAAUCUUAAGUUUUUGUUUUUUCUGUCUCACUGUUAAGUGAAUAAAAUACUUUUUCAGUGAA